AUGGAGUCACGACUCUCUAACAUUGGCGAAGAUGGCCUCAUCUCAAACGAUAUUCAAGUGCACGCGGGUGUUCAACAAGGCUGUUUACUCACACCACUCAUAUUCCUGGGUAUUCGGAUUAGGCCAUACAUAUACAUACACUCUGAAGAGUUUCCAAUAAUACCACGCAACCUGGCGACGUACAGCUGCAGAUGGCAAAGAACGAUAGACACUCACUGUGGACGCCUCUGUCCAGGGGCCAUACGAUAUUCAGUCAAAUGGAAACAAAUCGCGGCGUUUCUUCGCAAAUAA